AUGACGGCUCCCGGGAUGGACUCGAAGGAUUCGAGCAAGGUCGUGUGGGCAGGACAAAGUUAUGCUAAUGGGGUCUCUGAGGGUGAUGAAGUUGUCGAGGUUUUGAGUUCGAGUGACACAAGGGUGACAGUUGGAGGCAGCGAAGGGGUUAUAGUGUUUUUCUAUUCCUACGCGUACGGCCCUAAGGGUCUCGCGGGCCUCUGGCACAAUUCCUACGCAUGUGGAUGCGCCAUUUUCGCAUCGAUUGGAGGUCUAACAUUUGGAUACGAUCAAGGUGUCAUUGCCAAUGUGCUCAUAAUGCAAGAUUUCAUGCAGAGAUGGCCUAUAGGGCCAUGGGAGAAGGGUCUAAUGACUGCUGUACUGGAGCUGGGGGCGUUAUUUGGUGCUCUGAUGGCAGGUAUCUCGGCGGACAGGUUUUCGAGGCGCACCUCAAUGGUUCUUGCGUGCGCUGUGUUCUGUAUAGGUUCUGCACUACAGUGUUGGGCUGAAUCUCUUAGUCACGUUGUUCUGGGUAGGGCAAUUGGUGGCUUUGGUAUCGGUGCCCUUAGCAUGCUAUCCCCCUUGUACAUGGCUGAGAUCAGCCCGCCUGAAGUUCGGGGUUCGCUCAUGUCAUUAGAGCAGUUUUCUAUAGUACUCGGCUGUGUAAUCGGUUUCUGGACUGGGUUCUUCACCCGCAACAGUACGUCCCUAGCUCAGCCCAUAGACCUUAGCCGACUAAAAGGUAUCAUUUAUCGAAUAAUCAACUCUGAUGUAACAGUCCCUGGGAGUGCGUCGUGGCGCAUACCUUUAGGUCUCCAAUUGGUUCCUGGAUUGUUACUGGCAUUCGGGUCAUUUCUUCUACCCCCAUCGCCCCGUCUUCUUGUAUACCAAGGGAAGAACAGACCCACUGCUUCAGGUUUGCCGAACAUCUUGCACACACAUGACAUCGAGUUCUUGGAAAUGCAGGUCGAAGCAAAUCUCAUCUAUCGAAUGACUGGCACUGACGACAAGAAUUCGUUUCGCAACGAAGCCCGGUCGUGGGUGAAACUCUUCGACCGGCGAUAUCUGGACCGAACUCUCAUCGGUAUCAUGAUCAUGUUUUUCCAGCGUAAGCCUACCUUGAUCUAUUAUGGCCCAUUGCUCCUGCGGAGUCUUGGGUUGACUGGCAACUCUGUGGACCUACUAGUCGCAGGUGGUAUCAACAUCGUUCAACUCGUUGCUGUGUUGCCUGCGAUAGUCUACAUUGAUCAGUGGGGAAGAAAGCCACUCUUAAGAGCAGGUAGUGCGGUCAUGACGAUAUCUCAUCUCCUCGUCAGCUUGCUUAUCUACGAAUUCAGCGGUCAUUGGGCAGAACAUAGGGUAGCAGCUGCCAUGUCUGUGGGCUGCCUCUACUUGUUCAUGGCUGCCUAUGGGAUCAGCUUCGGUCCAGUCGGGUGGGUCUUACCAAGCGAAGUGUUCCCAUUAUCGAUGCGAAGCAAGGGUGUAUCCCUCUCAACCGCCUCCGUCUGGUCCAACAACUUUCUCGUUGGUUUGGUGACGCCAGGGUUGAUGGAGAUAUCGGCUAGCGGAACGUUCAUGGUAUUCGCAUGUGCCUGUUUUGCUGCGUACCUCUGGUCUACAUACGUCGUACCCGAAACUGCGAACAUUUCGUUGGAGGAAAUUGACGCUGUUUUCAGAUCAUCGGUAGGGCAGGAAGAUGCACAGUUGAAGAGUCAGAUCGAGAGAGACCUAGGCUUGCAUGAUCUGGUCCGAGAGCUCGCUGCUAGAGAACACUGA